GGCUCUUACCACUUCCUCCUCAGACAGGGGUAGCUGGAGACAAGAGUCACAAGCACAGUCUGCCUGUGCGACUUCAACUGCCCAGAAAUCAUCAUGGACCCGAGGAAACCCAGGAGAAAUGCGCUGGCGGUGGCUCUCCUUGUCAUUUUCCAGGUGUGCUUCUGCCAAGAUGAGGUCACAGAUGACUACAUUGGUGAGAACACCACGGUGGACUACACCCUGUACGAAUCGGUGUGCUUCAAAAAGGAUGUGCGGAACUUUAAGGCCUGGUUCCUGCCUCUCAUGUACUCGGUGAUCUGCUUCGUGGGCCUGCUAGGCAAUGGGCUGGUGGUGCUCACAUACAUCUAUUUCAAGAGGCUCAAGACCAUGACGGAUACCUACCUGCUCAAUCUGGCCGUGGCGGACAUCCUCUUCCUCACGGUCCUUCCCUUCUGGGCCUAUAGCGAAGCCAAGUCCUGGAUCUUCAGCGUCUACCUGUGUAAGAGCAUCUUUGGCAUCUACAAGUUAAGCUUCUUCAGCGGAAUGCUACUGCUCUUGUGUAUCAGCAUUGACCGCUACGUGGCCAUCGUCCAGGCCGUGUCGGCCCACCGCCACCGCGCCCGUGUGCUUCUCAUCAGCAAGCUGUCCUGUGUGGGCAUCUGGACGCUGGCCUUGUGCCUUUCCAUCCCCGAGCUGCUCUACAGCGGCCUCCAGAAGAACAGUGGCGAGGACACGUGGAGAUGCUCCCUCGUCAGUGCCCAGGUGGAGGCCUUGAUCACCAUCCAGGUGGCCCAGAUGGUGGUCGGCUUCCUGGUGCCUAUGCUGGCUAUGAGUUUCUGCUACCUUGUGAUCAUCCGCACCCUGCUCCAGGCGCGAAACUUUGAGCGGAACAAGGCCAUCAAGGUGAUCAUCGCUGUGGUGGUCGUCUUCAUAGCCUUCCAGCUGCCCUACAAUGGGGUGGUCCUGGCCCAGACCGUGGCCAAUUUCAACAUCACCAAUAGCAGCUGCGAAACCAGCAAGCAGCUCAACAUCGCCUAUGAUGUCACCUACAGUCUGGCCUCUGUCCGCUGCUGUGUCAACCCUUUCUUGUAUGCCUUCAUCGGCGUCAAGUUCCGCAGCGACCUCUUCAAGCUCUUCAAGGACUUGGGCUGCCUCAGCCAGGAACAGCUCCGGCAGUGGUCUUCCUGCCGGCACGUACGGAACACGUCCAUGAGUAUGGAGGCGGAGACCACCACCACCUUCUCCCCAUAAGGGGUUCCCUGGCCCGGACUAUAAGGACCUCUUCCGGUGCCUUAAGGUGGGGACUGAGCGCAUGUGCAUGGACUGGAUCCACGGAUGAGCUGCUGAGGGAAGAGCAGUUCUGGCCAGUCAGGUUGACAUCAGGGCCGAAGAAACCGCUUAACCCCAACCCAUGUAUGCUACCUCAAGCAAGGUUCAAAAAGACAUGACUGAGAAGUCAGUACUCAAGCCAGGCUGUCCACAAACCAGCAGACAAAAGUGAAAGUUGAGAGGCCCCGACACCUUCCGGAGUGAGGGAUGUGGGGCCGGUAAACAGCCUGGUUGUAGAGUAGACUUUAGAGGCCUCUGAAUGAACCUGCUUCUAGUGUACAGAGAUGUCCCAUAGAUUCAAGGACAGAGGUCAUCUCCAUUGUUGCCAAGCCAACAAGAGGUGGCAACCUCUCUAAAUGCUUCCACAGAGCACCCCUGCCCCACCCUUCUGCCUCGCAGCUGUUCUCCCCAGGAAGGGGAAGGUUUUCUGAGGGCCAGGCCACAUCAUCAGCCUGAACACAGUCCCAGCUGGGGCUCUGGAGGGCGAUGACAAGUACUUGGGCCUCUCCACUCAGAUGGGCACAAGCAGUAGGGAGAAAGGUCACAGAAAUGAGAGAAGGUAACCCUGCUGGCUGACAAAGGCCAGCAGGCCACUUCUUUGUUUUCUGUCAGCAACAGAAACCUUUCUUCGUGUUCUGCUUUCGAGUCAUACAAGCUCAUAUAUUUUACUCAGAGGUAAAUAAAAAAAAUUUCCCUCGAGGAAACAACUUUGAAAGAAGGGAGAAAAAUCCUUGGUAAGUGGCAAGUGAGUGAGCUUUUGGGUGAUCCCCACACCCCACACCCCACACCCCACACCCCACACCCCACACCCCACACUCCAGCCUUCCUUUCUCAGCACUCAGAAACAUGAGGUCACUGAUCCUCUGAGGUGGAAACUGAGUGAAGACAGGAUGUCUGUCCUGCACACACACACUUGCAGAGCCCGCGGGAUGGGAGCCAGGCCCUUGCAGGCAGCAGUACACAUGGGAGGCCACUCUGAGUAAAGAUGGAAAGACCAGGUUGUCCCAGGAAACCCUGUGCCUGGGAACUCAGAGGACCCUGGGGGAGGGGGGGGGAUGGAACACCUGCAUCCUGCUGUGUCUGCUGUAACAGGAUAGGCCGGAAAGAGGCCCAACUCUUGUCAGGCCCCUUCAGACUUGCACACACCCCUCUAAGAACGCCUGUUUGAUGGGAAGCUCAGAUAGAGGCCAUGGCAUUCUGGAGUAAAGGAGCUAGGAAUGAGUCAGAUGCCUCUGACGGGUUAGACUCUGCAGGGUGUUUGAGAGCUGGGACCACUCGGUUCCCUCCUUUCUAGCCACUAGUGACAGUAAUUACUGUUACCGGCCUGACCCCUAAGCACCUCUGUAGUGCAUGUCUUAGUCCAUUCCUGUUUCCUGUAACAAAACACUGUGGUCUGCGUAACUUAUAUGCAAUAGAAAUCUAUUUCUAUUUCUCA